CUCCUCUGUUUGUGUUAGGAGUUGCUAUGGAGACGGCCUGAUCUUUCUGUUUUAAAAGAAAAGUCUCUUAUCAGCUUGUACAUGCAAAAGCUUGAUGAUGACUUUCUUCCGGAAUCUCCAUUUGGGGUGACGGAAGUUGGAAGCGACAACCACAGGCCCCCACUGCUACUGAGAAGUAGCUUCCGGGCAACAUGUACCAGCUGUAAACAUGGCGGAGGAGGUAUUGGAAGCAGUCGAGAAGUUGCAGUUACGGCUCACCGAAAACCAAGAGCCUCGCAAGCUGCUGAAAACUCUCAAAAGACUGGCAGAACUGCCCAUAACAGUGGAAAUCCUGGUGGAAACUGGUGUUGGGAAGACUGUGAAUUCUCUUCGCAAACAUGAUGUUGCCGGGGACGCUGCCAAGAACCUUGUGGCCAAAUGGAAGAAGUUGGUUCCAGAGAAGUCUACAGACAGGCCAAGUGUAAAUGAGGGGCGUUCUCACUCACGCAUUAAUGAGGCUGGAGGGCACAAGCGAGUAAGGGAACGGUCUCCAGAGGAGAGGUCUCCAGACGAGCGAUCUCCAGAGGAGCGGUCUCCAGAGGUGCGGUCUCCAGCAGAGCCACCACUUAUCGCAGAGGACCAGGAGAUUGAAUACCAACAUGGCUACUCACCUUCACCCCCACAACACUAUAGCUCACCGUACGCACAUGCAAGGGAGUCAGACGAAUAUGAAAGCCCCCAAGAGGAGGAGCCUAAACCCAGUCCCCCACGAAAUGAAGUCAGGCGCAGUAAACCACACAGAGAGUCAGUCAGGGAGCAAAGUUCUCAAGAUAUUCGGGAACAGGAGAGACGGAGGAAUCGAGACGGCAACGAGAGGAAGGCUCACAAAGCUGACAGAGAACAACAGGGUGGGACGAGUCACAAAUCUAAACAUGUUCGACAUUUAACAUCACAUGAGGGCAGGAGAGAAAAGAAAGGGUCAAGUGAUGGAAAAUCGAGAGAGAGGAGGGAAGUUCCAGUGCAAGUGGAUGAGGAUGAGGAGCAGUUUGAAGUACCCACCAUGUCUUUCGAAUCCUUCCUCACAUACGAUGCUCCGGCCCCGAGUAAAAAAAAGAAAAAGCAGCCCUCGCGACCAGCUCAGCCUUCGCCCCCUGCUCCUUCGGUAUCCUCUAAGUCCAGCAAGGCCAACGGGACCAGCAGUAAACGCUCGGAGCCAUCCUCUUCCUCACUAACCAUGGCCACUAUUCCAGACAAACGUAAAAAGGUCGUGGAUGUGGUGCCCACACUGCCUGAUAUUCCUUUGCCAGCCAUCCAGCCAAACUACAGACCCCUACCCUCUAUUGAUUUAACGCCAUUGUCCCCUCCAAGACGCAAAGUCCCAGUGUCUUACGAUGAAGAAGAUGCUGGCUACACAGGCCGAAGGCUUAAUUCAAAAAUGGUGGUGUACUCGGGAUCCAAAACUGCUUACUUACCAAAAAUGAUGUCUUUGUAUGAUCAGUGCAUUAGAGUCCUACAGAACAACAUUGACUCAAUCGAUGAAGUGGGCGGAGUGCCAUAUGAGAUUCUGGAACCGGUUCUGGAGAGAUGUACACCUGAGCAGCUAUAUCGGAUUGAGCAGUGUAAUCAGUAUUUUACAGAGGAUUCAGAUGAUCUGUGGAAGAAACACUGCAAACGGGAUUUUAAACAUGAUGCUCCUCAAGAGUAUGAAUCCUGGAGAGAGAUGUAUCUCCGUCUCCACGAGGAACGCGAAGAACGUCUGCGCAAGCUCACAAUGAACAUCAGCUCUGCCCAUGCAAACAAACCCAAAGGUCGGCAGCUUAAAAUGGCAUUUGUCAACUCUGUUGCUAAGCCUCCUCGCGAUGUCAUCCGUAGACAAGUGAGGUCUGGCAUUAAAAAUGAUUCUACCAGCUUGAGCACUGCUUCCACCUCCACCACCAAGAUCAGACCCGCAUCAAGCUACAGCUUUCAGAGUAAUUCGACUGAUGGUGGGCAGUCUUCUCAAAGCAGUCCUCCUGAGACAUCGUCUCGCUCAUCUGCUCCGAACACCGUUGGUGGCCACAGUGCCAGAGACAAACCACAGGUCAAAAAAAUUGCCCCAAUGAUGGCUAAGACCAUCAAAGCAUUCAAGAACAGAUUCUCACGGCGGUAAAGGGAUAACAGUGACUGUGAUUUUAUGUUUGAGAGAGAUACUGGGAGAGGAAACUUAUUUUGCUGUAAUGCUUCAUAGGAACUGUGCAAUGACCUCUUAUCUCUUAUGUUUUUAUGCUUUUAAUAUUACCAGGAAGCAAUCAUGAAAGAUCUACAUCAGCAAUCACCCACACCUAAUUAUGUCCAUCAUGUGGUCAUUUACAUUAUUCUCAGAUGAACAAACACAGCAAACUUGUGGUACACUACAGAUUACUAUGAGACUUCAGAACCCAGAAUCAUUGUUUAUUUAAUUGCUUCCUUUUAACAACUGCAUUGUCAUGUGACUUGAAUAUAUGAUCAUACUGUGUAGAGAGAGAAUGAGAUGUAAAAAGUUCAAGGACCGCACCCUUUCACACCAUCAUAUAUUUAUUUUAAAUAUUUGACCUGGCAGCCCUGGACCUUGCUUUGAAUGAAAGACCAUGAAGUCAUUUUAAUAGAUUUUAUGAAGUGUUCAAUGGACAUUUUUAAUAAAAUCCACGUGUUGCUCUCA